AUGCAAUCCAUAAUCUGGUCCUCCACAAUUCCCCUCUACAUCACUCACCCCUCCUCCCCGACGCCCUACCUGAUAUCCGUACCUCGAGUCUCUUAUCUACCGUUGCUUCUCCCGCGCCUGACAUUCUUCUUCGGGCCCUGCUCUUCAUUCUCCUACGAAGACAUCCUCCUGAAGAAUCUACCCAUUGGCCUGCUCUGCGACCUGUACCGGCCGGAACUGCCGUGGCGAUUGACACUUGGGAACGGACCACUGUUUGAUAUUCAUGACACAUACAUCAACAGCGUAAAAGAGGCGGAUUUCAUUCGCAAUGGAACAGCAAAGGGUAUUAUGUCCAUGUCCAAGGAGAAUUCUACUGCGCUAUGGAACUCGGUGCAAGACAAUGACCUCGGAGCUCACCUCAAAAUCACUUCCAUCCUGCUCAACCCCCCCACUCCCCUGCGCAAUAUCCCUCUCCGGAUCUAUAUCCCAGCAUCCCCUACCUCUUCUUCCCCUCUCGCCAGCAUAAAGAUCGUGCAGACGCUUGUUCCGCCACGGGCCAGCAAUGGAGAGGCACAGACACUGGGUAGCGCGCUGAAUUCAGUUCUCCCCAGUCUGUUUCCCAGUAGGAGAGAUGCGCUUGUGGCCGAGCCAAUUCUGCAUGGAGCUGUUGUGCCGUUCAAAGCGCCGCUGGAGGAUCUAAUGAGGGAGGCCAGUUAUGCGGAUGGGUGGAUACAUUUGAGCGUCCUUUUGAUCGAUGCUUGA